AAUCCGUCAGUGUGACGUCAUGGACCGCAGACGGCAGAGACGAGUCUGGAGUAGGAGCAGCCCAGGACUGACACCUCCUUCUCUUCCUCCUCCACAGCGUGUCUGAGCAAAAUGAAACAUGGAUGAGGAGGUCGCCGAAAGUUGGGAGGAAGCUGCUGACAGUGGGGAAAUGGAAAAACGGUUAGAAGAGAAGCUAAGGAUCAGCCAGAAAGAAAAGGAAUCCAGCAAUAGUUCUUCACGAUCUCCACUAAAGACAACCAUGGUGAUACAGGACGACUCUCUGCCAGCAGCGCCUCCACCUCAGAUACGCAUUUUGAAGCGACCUACGAGUAAUGGGUCACUGGGAUCACCCUCCAAUCAGAACAGGCCAACACCGCAGGUCAAGUCUCUGGCUCAGCGUGAGGCAGAGUACGCUGAGGCCAGGAAGAGAAUACUGGGCAGUGCCUGCCCAGAGGAGACGCCUCAGGAAAAGCCCAGCACUGACAGGCCGGGGCGCAAUAAUUCGACACUGCCGUCAGAGGACACCCGAUCAACCAAUCAUACUGUCCGGCAGCCAGCCGGUCCAGAUGGCACCCAUGGCUUCCGACAGCACAGAUAAGUGGGCCUCGGGGCCACCCAGCCAUCGAGGAGAGAGGAGAGACAGCACUGUAUUUUUAAACGUCCCUCGGUUCCAUUUUCUCAAGACGGGCAGUGAAACCUGCUGCUCAGCUCCUCCCAUCAGCAGUUGUGUGGAACUGACGGAGCGAGGAACUCCAGGAGGAAGUCAAAUGUGCUCUUUUCUCUCCCCAGUCCAAGUCUGUUUGACACUGUGAUUAUGGACAUCUUCUGGACUCACUGUGAUGAUCCCUUUAAGACACAUCCCUCACCCCUCUCUCCUCCUGCAGUACCCAGCGCCUCCGACAAGCAGAAGUAAAGACAUUUGUAAAGGACGGCAGAGAGAGAGAAGUGAUGGGCCUUAGCAAAAUGAGAUGAGCUGGUACUUGUGCAGCAGCUUCGUCCCAGCAAUAAUACCAUACGUCACAUCUUUCAUGUUUUUAUUUUUUCAGCUGAUAGCUUGCUCUUUUUUUUGUUUUAUUUCUUAGGGAUGCUCUGAUAUCAACAUUGCACAGUAAAACUCCACACCACCAAAAACCUGAUGGUCCCAACAGUAUUUGAUGUUAAAGAUUUUUAAUCCACAUAUCAUCUGCAGUAUCAGAAUAUUAUUAUUAUUAUUAUUAUACUCAUUAUUAUUGCUCAGCAACUGAGCUAGUAGCAGCGCACCCCUAAUAUGUAAAAUGUUGUUUGUUUUAAAAAGAAAUGGAGGGUAAGGGUCAAAUUAUAUACCUAACAACAAAAUUUAUGUUUACGGUUUUUACUGUCACUUCAUUCUUUCUACUUCAAUGUAAAAAAAAAAAAAAAGACAAGGAGAUUGUGGAUUGAAGGUCCAUUUUUAAGUCGCUUUUCUGCCUGUUUGUGUGACAUGGCAGCAACAACAUCAGAGCAGUAUUUUAAUCGAAAUGCACCAAAAGCCCAUUUUAAAAUCAACCUGGAAACAUAUUGGUUAUAUCAGAUGUCAUUCAAAGGUGUUGAAGGCUGAAAUGGGAGAAUGAGUUUACUGUCGUGCUCCAUAAGUCGCUCUGCCGCAUCUCCGCCUCGUCAGCGGUGUGCCCAUCUGAUCAUGUCCUUCACUGACAUUCAGUACAGCAACUCAGGUGCAAGCAAACCAGACUGAAUGAAUGAAAUGAACUAAGAUUGUAUUUUUCCAGCUUAAAAAGCAAAUGUCCAUAUUUAAGUUUGGGGUUGACACUUUGUUAAGAUGCAGUGCUACAUGUAUGCAGAGUGUACAAUGAAUUGUAAUGGAAACCAUGGUCAUGUCCUUUGAUGAAUGAGGUUUUUUUUGUCUUAAAUGUCACAUGGUCACAGUAUGAAACUGUAACACCAGUCACGUGUUGAGUGGCUGAUGGUCCUGACAUGGAGAGUGUCGACACAGCUGGAUGUGAACUACAAAGGUAGCAACUUGGCUGUCCCAUUGUGUCCCACAGAUGUUGGGUUUUUUUUUACAUUUAUUUGUUUAAAUGGGGUAGAGAUGUCAAAUGAAGCCAUAUUCAGUGGCGCAUCAUUAGAAGAGUUCUAUUAAUAGAUAAAUUCAGUUUGUGCCUCCUGUGUCACAUCGUUAAUUUUGCGGUUGCUGAUUUUUAUCAGUUUACUUAAAGAUGGAGAGGUUACUAUACUGGUAAAGAGAUUUUAGUUCAGGAAAUCUAGCACGAGACAGAUGGGUUUAGCUGAGCUCUGAGGGAGAACACAAACUGCCUGUAAAUACUGAUUUAAUAAAAAUGAUUUGCCAAAA